CUUACAAGGAUUCAAUUCAAUCGUUACUAUAAUUCUAAAUAGUUGCAUAAUAAAAUGGACAACAAUAACGUAUACUUCAAAGACACGAAAAAUACAAUUCUUCCCAGCUUAAAUAAUUUUAUCACCAACGCAAAAGGUUUGUCCAAUGUGUCCUUGACCGUGAAACAUAACAUAAGUUUAAGCAUCCAAUUUGUUAAUGGAGUAACUCAAGAAUUAGAAGCGGAUGGCAAAGCAAUUUUUAAACGAAAUGUAAAAAAGGAUUUCCCUAACAUCGCCGAUUAUAAGCUAUUUGCUAUAAAUAAGGAACAGCAAAAGUAUGAACAAAUUAAACAUGACGUGCAGGCAAAAAUCGGCAGAAAAAAUCAAAUUGAACAUUAUUUCAACGUUGUAGAUCGACAAUUACAAUUUGUCAUGAAAAAAAAAAUAAUGAAAUCGGAAGCCAUUAUUGUUGCGGCAAUGAAAGAAUACGAACAUAAAAUUGUGAAUUUACAAUUAGAAGCGAACAGUUUGCAGUCAAAAAUUGAGGCAAAUUCAAAAAAAAACGAGAUUAACAAAAAUUGCCGUAUGCAAAUCAGGAACGAUUUAAAAAUCAAAAAAGCUCUAAUAGUCCAUACGUACGAUUCUGAGAUGAUGGCAAAAUACAAUAACGUGAAUGGAUUUAAUUCAAAAAUAAAAAUAAUUGAAGAUACCAUUUAUCAAUUGCAAGAAUCCAUUUCACGUCAAAUGCCGUUUUACAAUAAUGUGGUACUCGAAAAGGAAGAGGAAAAUGAUAGAAUUUGGCACGCAAAAUUACACGAAAUACAACGCAAGAUAGCCGCUCGAAAAAUACAAAUGCAUUUCAGAAAAUACUUAAUCUACAUUAAGACUCGAGAUAUUAAGAAAAAUAAAAAAGGACAGCACAAAAAAAAUCAACCGAAAAUAAAAAACAAUUAAAUUUAUUAUAAUUUAGUAAGAUUCAAAAGAAAAAUUCAUUUCUGGGAGAAGAAUUAAGUUAUUAAGU